AUGGGCAACUCCAAGAGUGGUGCCAUCUCCAAGGAGAUCCUGGAGGACCUGAAGAUGUCCACCAAGUACAGCGAGCAGGAAUUAACACAGUGGUACGACAUGUUUCGGAAGCAGUGCCCAGAUGGCCGCAUUUCCAGGGCAGAGUUUGAAAAAAUCUAUGAGAAGUUCUUUCCCAACAGCGAUGCCAAGACAUACGCACAGCAUGUGUUCCGCUCUUUUGAUGCCAAUGGAGACGGGACACUGGACUUUAGGGAGUACAUAAUCGCCCUGCACCUCACCUCUUCUGGGAAGACAGCCCUCAAGCUCGAAUGGGCCUUCUCUCUGUUUGACGUCGAUCGCAACGGGUACAUCAGCAAGAAUGAAGUGCUUGAGAUUACCAAGGCCAUAUUCAAGCUGAUCCCUGAAGAUGACCAUGAUCUUCUGCCCGACGAUGAGAAUACGCCAGAAAAGCGUGCAGACAAACUCUGGGGAUAUUUUGGCAAAGGAGAAAAUGACAAGCUGGCUGAAGGGGAGUUUAUUUCUGGGGUGAUGGAAAACGACAAUGCCCUCAGACUGAUCCAGUACGAGCCAAUGAAGAAGUGA